CUUUGUUUUACAGCUUUGCACAAUGGUUUGUGAGAAAUGUGAGAAGAAACUUGGUCGAGUUAUCACUCCUGAUACCUGGAAAGAUGGUGCAAGAAAUACAACAGAGAGUGGCGGACGGAAGAUCAACGAAAAUAAAAUGUUGACCUCAAAAAAGGCCAGGUUCGACCCCUAUGGGAAGUCAGGGUUUUCCACGUGCAGAAUAUGCAAAAGCUCUGUCCACCAGUUUGGGUCACACUACUGUCAGGGAUGUGCUUACAAGAAAGGGAUCUGUGCUAUGUGUGGCAAGAAGGUUCUGGACACCAAGAACUACAAACAGACCUCAGUGUGACUGACACAUUUGGAUAUAUCAAAUCUUUCAGAGAGUUUAGAGAGGGUUGUGUAGAAAAACUCCUCUUUAUACCAGACAGUUGAUUUAGUGGCCUAUCAGUUUCUGGUGGUGUUUGUGUUAUUGUUCAGCCCAGUAGUGCAGUUUUAUAUGACUGU